UUCACUCUCCAAUUUGUCUCCCCCCAGAAUCCAGUCCCCAAAACUAAUCAAAAUUCUCUUUUCAAAAUUAGCAGGCCCCACUUAUCAAUGCCAUUUGCCAUAACAGCUCCACUCUCUCUCACUCUCGCCAGCCUUGCCCUACCAACCAUCACCCACAUUCCACACAACACCCGCCCCCCUUUGAAAGCAUAUAACGCUCCUCCUCAAUUUUGGCGCGAAAUUUCCAAAUCCCAAAAAUCCGCCUUAGAGGGAAACCAAAUAAAACCCUAAAACAUUCCCCAAAUUUCAAAACCCAACUCUCUGCCUCUAUAUAACAAGCUCAGUUUGCUUUUUUUGUAUGUGACCAAGACCUGUUUGAUAAAACUCCUGAAAAAGAAAAAAAAAAAGGAAUUAGAGAAAAUGUAUGUGGUGAAGAGAGAUGGGAGACAAGAGGCCGUUCACUUUGACAAGAUUACUGCUAGAUUGAAGAAGCUGAGCUAUGGGUUGAGUAUGGAGCAUUGUGACCCUGUGCUGGUGGCCCAGAAGGUAUGCGCUGGUGUCUACAAGGGUGUUACUACUAGCCAGCUUGAUGAAUUGGCUGCUGAGACUGCUGCUGCCAUGACCGCUAAUCAUCCUGAUUAUGCCUCGUUGGCUGCAAGGAUUGUUGUUUCAAAUCUGCAUAAGAACACUAAGAAAUCAUUUUCAGAGACGAUUAAAAUCAUGUAUAACCAUUUUAAUGAGAGAUCUGGGUUAAAGGCUCCUCUGAUUGCUGAUGAUGUUUAUGAGAUAAUCAUGACGAAUGCUGCUCGCCUGGACAGUGAGAUCAUUUAUGAUCGAGACUUUGACUAUGAUUACUUUGGGUUCAAGACUCUGGAAAGGUCCUACCUCUUAAAAGUUCAAGGAAAAGUUGUAGAGAGGCCUCAGCACAUGCUGAUGAGGGUUGCUGUUGGAAUUCACAAGGAUGAUAUUGAUUCAGCUAUCAAAACAUAUCAUUUGAUGUCUCAGAGAUGGUUCACUCAUGCUUCUCCCACCCUUUUCAAUGCUGGAACGCCAAGGCCUCAGUUGAGCAGCUGCUUUUUGGUGUGCAUGAAAGAUGAUAGUAUUGAAGGCAUAUAUGAUACUUUAAAGGAGUGUGCUGUCAUUAGCAAAUCAGCUGGAGGAAUUGGUGUCUCUGUUCACAACAUUCGUGCCACAGGCAGCUAUAUUCGUGGAACAAAUGGAACAUCUAAUGGUAUUGUUCCAAUGUUGCGGGUGUUUAAUGAUACUGCCCGUUAUGUUGAUCAAGGAGGAGGCAAAAGGAAAGGUGCUUUUGCUGUGUACUUGGAGCCAUGGCAUGCUGAUAUAUUUGAGUUUCUGGAUCUUAGGAAGAACCAUGGAAAGGAGGAGCACCGAGCUAGGGAUUUAUUCUAUGCACUUUGGGUGCCUGAUCUAUUUAUGGAAAGAGUCCAAAGUAAUGGGCAAUGGUCAUUAUUUUGCCCUAAUGAGUCUCCUGGUUUGGCAGAUUGUUGGGGUGAAGAAUUUGAAAAACUGUACACCAAAUAUGAGAGAGAGGGCAAGGCAAAGAAGGUUGUCCAAGCACAGAACCUCUGGUUUGAAAUUUUGAAAUCUCAGAUAGAAACUGGCACACCUUAUAUGGUUUUUAAGGAUACCUCCAACAGAAAAAGUAACCAGCAGAAUCUGGGUACUAUAAAAUCUUCAAAUUUGUGUACAGAGAUAAUUGAAUAUACAAGUCCAACAGAAACUGCUGUCUGCAAUCUGGCUUCUAUAGCUCUGCCACGAUUCGUGAGAGAAAGGGAGAUUCCAGUGGAGUCUCAUCCAUCUAAGAUUGUUGGAAGUAGAGGUUCCAAGAGUAGAUACUUUGACUUUGACAAACUUGCAGAGGUUACAGAAGUAGUUACAACCAAUCUUAACAAGAUAAUUGAUGUUAAUUACUACCCUGUGGAAAAUGCAAAGAGGUCAAAUUUUCGACACAGGCCAAUUGGCAUUGGAGUUCAGGGACUUGCAGACACUUUCAUCUUACUUGGGAUGGCAUUUGAUUCGCUAGAGGCUCAACAGCUGAAUAAGGACAUAUUUGAAACCAUUUAUUACCAUGCUCUUAAAGCCUCAUCUGAGAUAGCUGCCAGAGAUGGCCCAUAUGAAACAUACAUUGGAAGUCCUGUUAGCAAGGGAGUUCUGCAGCCUGACAUGUGGAAUGUAACUACUUCAAGUAGGUGGGACUGGGAUGUCUUGAGAGAAAUGAUAUCUAACAAUGGAGUCAGAAAUUCACUACUUGUAGCACCAAUGCCAACUGCUUCGACCAGUCAGAUUCUUGGAAACAAUGAGUGCUUUGAGCCAUAUACUUCCAACAUCUAUAGUCGCAGAGUUUUAAGUGGUGAAUUUGUUGUGGUCAACAAACAUCUUCUGCAUGACCUAACUGAGAUGGGCCUUUGGUCCCCUGCUCUCAAAAACAAAAUAAUUUAUGAGGAUGGCUCUGUCCAAAAAAUUCCAGAAAUUCCCGAUGAUCUGAAGCUUAUAUACAAGACUGUUUGGGAGAUCAAGCAAAAGACAUUGGUAGAUAUGGCAGUUGACCGUGGAUGCUAUAUAGAUCAGAGUCAAAGCCUUAACAUACACAUGGAUCAACCCAAUUUUGGAAAGUUAACUUCCCUGCACUUCUAUGCUUGGUCCAAGGGUUUAAAAACAGGGAUGUAUUAUCUUCGAUCACGUGCUGCAGCUGAUGCCAUCAAGUUCACUGUUGAUACUUCUCUUCUUCAAGAAAAGAAAAGUUUGGCUGCUGAAGAUGAUGGUACCAAAAUGGCUCAGAUGGUUUGCUCUCUUACUAACCGUGAAGAGUGCAUGGCUUGUGGCAGUUAGAGAGCAUGAAGUUCUUUUGUUCAAGGUUCUGUUAUAUUUGGAAGCAUUAGAAAUUUAAACAUAUAAUCAAAUAUACGACUUAAAUUUAUAUAACUUUAAGUCUUUGUAUAGGCUAAUCGUGUAUUGGUUGUUAAAUAUUUAGCUAGACAUUGUACUUACACGUAUAAAAGUUGGGACUGGAAUUUCAAUUACAGUUAUGGAAGCUAUUGUUUUGUACAUUGUUUUUAGAUGUCCCAAUUGGUUAUUCUGCAGCUUUAAUAGCUCAGGUAAACAUUUCCAAAUGUAUUCUAGUUUGUUUAGAGAGAAGACAAUAGCCUUUGCGGUUAACUAUUUGGGCUAA